AUGAGCUGCAGACGUGCUAGCAGACUCUUCUCAAAGGCUCUUGGGCAAAGGAACGUCUUGGUACAUGACCGCGGGCUGCUAACCCUGUCAUCCGUGGAAGGAUCGACGCAACCCCCUCUGGUCCAGGAUACCCUCCCGGCGUACUUUGCAAAGGAAAUCGUCGGCAAGCACAGGGAGCGCCCCGCUCUUAUAUCGAGACAUGAGAACCCCAGACCGUUUGGGGGACCUCUAUCGCGGAACCUGGGGCGCACGGACUGUCUUGCAUGGGACUACGACGAGUUCUCGAGGCAUGUGGAUGCGGUUGCCCGGGGUUUACUGAGCAUGGGGGUGAAGAAGGGGGACAGGGUAGCGGUUAUUAUGGGGAAUAGCAGUGCGUACGCAUCCCUGCAGUGGGCGUGUGCGAGCAUAGGUGCGAUUCUCGUGACAAUCAACCCUGCAUACCGCGUCUCGGAGCUGAUCAACACGUUGAAGGUUGUUGGCGUCAGCCAUCUCCUGCUCGUCCCAUGCAUCCGGACGUCCUCAUAUCUCAACAUGCUCGCGGACGAACUUCCCGCCCUCGCCAACUCACCACCAAGCAGCAUCCAGGAGGAGUCUCUCCCGGAGCUGCGCAAUCUCGUUGUGGUCGAUAAUACACACGACCCGGUGCAUUUUCAGAAACAUAUGGACACGAUGAAGUGCACCACGGAUUUUCGCGAGAUAUUAGUCUGGCGGGAAGACAGUAAAGAACAGAAGAUACUGAAGGAGAUUGGGAAGACACUGCACAAAGAUGAGGUUAUUAAUCUGCAGUUCACGAGUGGAACGACGGGAUUACCCAAGGCUGUCUCGCUGACGCAUCACAACCUGCUGAACAAUGGCCUUUCGAUAGGUCGCUGCAUGGACAUAAAUGAGACAGAUAUCCUGUGUAAGGUCCCCAUUCAGGCCCCGUGUCUGUCGGCUCACUUUACCUGGGGGCAGGCAACGUCCCGCCGCUCUUCCACUGCUUUGAUGAGCAACCUCGCGUUCUGGACGCACGGCGCGUGCAUCGUCUACCCGUCUGAGAUAUUCAAUCCGCAGCGCAUCGUCGACACCGUGGCGGAGGAGCGCUGCACGGCGCUGCAUGGGGUGCCGACACACUUCAUCGGCGUCCUCUCCGAGCUGAAGUGGAGGGAGGAGAAGGGGGAGAAGCCAGAUAUGAGUCAGCUAAGGACAGGGAUAGCGGCGGGCUCACCGAUUCCGAUUGAGCUGAUGCGGACGUUGGUGGAGAAGAUGAAUCUAAGGGAUUUGACUAUCGCGUACGGGAUGACGGAGACCAGCCCGGUGUCUUUCCAGACCACCACAAAGGAUCCACUCAUCAAGCGUGUCGAGACGGUGGGCAAGGUGCAGCCACAUGUAAAGGCCAAGAUCAUAAACCCGGAGGGGGAAGUCGUCCCCGUUAACACUCCGGGGGAGAUUUUCAUUGCGGGCUACCUCGUGCAGAAAGGGUACUGGGGAGACGAGGAGCAGACCAAAAUUGUGAUGAAGAGACACCCCGGGGAUGAUGAGACGCUGUGGAUGCACACGGGUGACGAGGGUAUCAUGGACGAGGAGGGGUACCUGAGAAUCGUUGGUAGGAUCAAGGACAUCAUCAUCCGCGGGGGCGAGAACCUCUUCCCGGUGCAGAUCGAGAACGUAUUGCACGCACACCCGGGCGUGCGAGAGGCAGCGGCGGUAGCGGUGCCCGACACGCGGUAUGGGGAGGUUGUCGGCGCGUGGAUAGUCAGGCAGCCGGACGCCCCAGCGGUGUCGAGGGAGGAGAUACGGAAGUGGGUGAGCGUGAGGAUGAAUCCCCAGAAUGCGCCCGCGUGGGUGUGGUUCGUGGCCGAGGAUGACGUCCCGGCGCAGGAGCUGCCUAAGACUGCCAGUGGGAAGGUGCAGAAACAUGUACUGCGGGGAUGGAGUAAGGAGCUUGCACAGAAGGGUGUAGGGCGGACUCAGGUGCUAUAG